GAAGUAAUCGAAACAGUUCCAGAUGAGGAUUUCUGUUCCAAAAUGCUCCCGAGCUUCUCGGAGAGAUCAUCCAGAUGAGGAAGACCGGUGCAAUCUCCAAAAGAACCUGGUAUUGCUCACCGGCACAGCGCAGAGUCGUCGAGCUUCUCAGAGAAGUCGCGAGGUCGAAACUCGACUGUUCCAUGGGCCAUGUCGUAAACAUGAAAUAAAUUCUCUUUUAAGUCCAGCCCGUCCCAGCCCAGCCCAGCUUUAAAUAUAAAAUACACGGUCUUCUUCUGCAAGAAUCCCGUAAAACUGAAAUCUGAAUUCCUCUUCUUUCAGUCUCAGUAGCUCCAAGAAACUUCAAAACCUGAAAUCCAGUAGCUCCAAAUCCUGCAAAUCUUGAAUCGAAAUUCUUUCUCUCAGUCUUGGUAGUGGAGUAAACCAGAAAUCUAAAUUUCUCAAGGUAGCUCCAAGAUUCCUGAAAUUCAAGAACUAAGUGGUUUAAAUUUGCGUAGCUCUAAGAAUCCUUUCCCAAUAUCAUAAUGGGAAGAUUGUUUGUGGUCGAGAUCCCCGAUGUCGAAGAGAAAAACAUAUAUACUUGCGCGAACUGCGAGGAGGAGAACGACCAGGAUUUCCCCUUUACACACAUCGCUUUAGAGGAUGAUCGGCAAUACUAUCGCCCAGGCCCUCCAUUUUGGUCCUAUUCGGACAAUUGUAUAUUUAGCGAAGUGAUAAACACAUUAAUGUUGAGUGAAUCGGAAAGACAACGGAUAUAUUAUGGCUGGUACAUAGUCAAGGAGGUCCAAUGUGUACGGUGCUGUCAAGUACUUGGAACAUAUUAUAUAACAUCCAUUAACCCAAAUUUCAGCUAUAUAGAAAGGAAUUUUUUGCUGUACGAAGAAGCUCUAAAUCGCUGGGACCACGGGAUCAGAGUACCAGUUUGAGGCCUCUAAUUUCUAUACGAGGCAUAUUUCAUUGUAUUUUUGGACAUUUUCACUAUGUCCAGUACAUGAUAAGUCCUCUAAUAACUAUACACUUUGAGAGGCAUAUUUCUUUGAUUUUUUGGUAUUCUCACUAGUUACUUCAUGUACGUGAUAGGAUAUAUCUUUGUAGCUAGAAUUGUUUGACCCUGUUAUCUUUCAUGAUAGGAUAUAUCUUUGUAGACUUUUUCCUUGCAGAAUCUCUCCAGUCAAGGUUCUAAAACUUGGGAUUAGUCAAGGCUGAUAGUUUUCCGAUAUCAAUUUAGAUCAGUCUGGAUUGGACUGUAUUAGACAGAUUUACCCCUAUUUUUAAUAACAUAUGGGUGCACACCCUUAGGUCCUCA